AUGUAUUUUACUCCUUUUGGAAUCCAUAUUAUCCAUUCCACUGUGUGGAAGGGAGACUCAUUUUCUCAUGCAGGGAUCAUCCAGAGAGAGGAAACUUCCAUGGAAGAGGAGAUUGUUGGCCGGCACCAAGGAUACUUCAGCCUUGCUGAUGUUAUGUACUUCUCCAAGAAGGGGUGUGAGGCUGUUGCAGAAGAUGAAGUCACCCAGCGGUUCUCCUCCGAGGAGCUGAUGUCUUGGAAUCUCCUCAGCAGAACCAAUGCCAACUUGCACCAUGUCAGCUGGCAACUGAGCGUUGUGUGGGUCAUUGGGAUCCUAAUUCGGUAUUGUCUCCUGAUGCCUUUUCGUGCGAGUUUGUCGGUUUUCAGCACCCUCUUUCUGGUUGUGGCUACUACGGUAAUAGGACAGUUUCCAAAUGGCAGACUUAAAUGCUGGCUGGGCAACCAGGUUCAGAUGAUAUGUGCCACAUUAGGUGUCCGAUGUCUGGGUGGUCCUGUUAAUUUCCACAACAGGGAAAACAGACCACAGAAAGGAGGCAUCUGUGUAGCCAACCACACAUCUCCGUUAGAUGUUCUAAUCCUGGCGAGUGAUGGAUGCUAUUCCUUGGUUGGCCAGGCACACGGAGGGCUUCUGGGGCUUAUUCAAAAAUCUUGCAUGCAAGCCACUCAGCAUGUUUUGUUUGAACGCUCAGAAAUGAAAGACCGUCAUCUGGUGAGGAAAAAAAUUAGAGAACACAUUGCAGAUAAGACCAAAUUACCCAUUUUAAUUUUCCCAGAAGGUACCUGCAUAAACAACACAUCAGUGAUGAUGUUUAAGAAGGGAAGCUUUGAGGUAGGAGGGACCAUCCAUCCAGUAGCAAUCAAG